AGCCGGAGCUUCGGCAUUUUGAAGGUGCAAUAUUUCAUUGUUUACUGUGUUUUUAAAAUGGUACGCGGCGGUGAGGUGUGUUAAGUUAGUGUUGUGUUGUGUUUUCGAGACCCGACGUUAAAGUUGAUCAAUAUGUCUGAAGAAGUACCAGUUGAGCCCAUAAAGGAAAAAGAAGCUCCCGCCAAAGAAAUUAUUGAGAUUGAAAAAUCUGAGGAUAAAAAAGACAUUGAAGAUGAAGAAAAAGAGAAGAUGUUGAACGAUGAGAACAAAAAGGAAAUAGGGGAGGUAGAGAAAAAGAAGAAGGCGCUUGAAGAAGCAGCGGAAAGAGAAGGGGGAAGGAAGAGGAUCCCUACUGGAGGAAUCAAAAUCCCAGGAUUCCUCAGAAGUAGAUCACGAGACAAAAAUAAGGACGGAGAUGAAAAAGACGAAGAGAAGGAUCUGCUCGAACCUCCUUGCACAGCGACCACUGUUGGAAGUGACGAUGAGAAAACCGACACGCCUGCAACCAAAAAGACUUUGUUCCCAUUUAUAAAUCCAUUUGCAAAAAAGAAAAAACCGGAAGAGUCGUCUGCUAGCUCUAACCCCGAGGGAGGAGAUGUACCGCUGGAGAAGAGGCCAGGCUUCCUACACGCCAUCAAACUACCUCUAGUCAACGUACUGCCAAGGAAACUACGCUCUACCAAGGAGCCAGAUGUUGAGGAAGGAAGUUCGACUCCCAGCAAGCCUGCAGGUCUAGCCUCCAUGGAGACAUUGGACGACAGCAACGGAUCUACGAAACACUCAGACGAGAAAGGCGAAGAAGGCCUGGAGACUGUCAAACUGGACUCUAGUGAGGAAAAAGCUGCUCUAGAAAGUGAGAAGAAUGCACCAGAAAAGAAGCCAUGGGAUAGAGAAGCUAUUAUUGCUAGGCUAGCUCCACUGAAGGAAUAUCAAUAUAUCAUAGGUGGUGUCUUAUUAUUCUUGAUAUUGUUGAUCAUCAUUAUCAUCAUUGCAGUGUCAGGUCCCCGAACUCUAACGUCUUCUCCAAUCAUCGAUGGACGAUAUGUGAGAGCAGUCACAUCCUGCGGCCCUGUUGAAGGAUUGCUGGAAGACGGAGCCAUUGUGUUCCGAGGUAUCCCGUACGCCAGGCCACCGGUGGGUGAGAGACGAUGGCGAGCACCUGAGAAGUUCACUCUGGAGUCUUGUUGGAACGGAACCCUCAAGACUCACAACUCCUCCGACACUUGCUGGCAGGUCUACAACAAUGGAACUAUCAACGGACGAGAAGACUGUCUCACUCUAGACAUAGUCACUCCUCAAGUCCGAUACAUCAACCCCUUGCCUGUGGUGGUUCUAUUUGGUGCAGAAUCUCUAUCCGGAGGGUCUCCUGGGCGUCUAGAUCUUCCCUCGCCUCGGCUCAGCCGUAUCCGAGACGUUGUCUUUGUCAAGCCCAACUUCCGCAUGGGUGUCCUCGGAUACCUAGCUGCCAAGGCUCUCUCAAACUCAACGUACCCCUUCACCUCAGGUAACUACGGACUGCACGACGCUGUGGAGGCGCUGAGGUGGGUGAAGAACAACAUCGUCCACUUUGCUGGAGACCCUGAAGCCAUCACGGUGCUAGGACACAGAGCCGGGGCCACCAUGCUGACUGCCAUUGCUGCCUCGCACAAAGUUGAGAAGCUGUUCACCAGAGCCUGGCUAGCCAGUGGGUCUGCUAGUUUCCCAGGUAUUCCUUUGGCCGAGUCUGAACAGGAAUCUCUUCCCUACAUCCGAGCCCUCGACUGUAACGAGAGAGACGAUCAGUGUCUGCGACAGAAGGAUGUUGAAGAGCUGAUUGACAAUGUACCAGAUGAUUGGGUGAAAGUAGACCAUGACCUGCCCCGAUUGGACGAGAACAUCACGUCCAAACAUCAGUGGUUGGUGGUGGACGGAGUUGUCAUCAAGGAACACCCCUUGGAAGUGUGGAAACAAGGCAAUUUGUCGGUGAAAAUUGUCAUGGGAACAACUGCACACGCCGAUGCCACAAAGGCUUUGUACACGAUGCGACCGGAGUGGACGGAGGAGGAAGUGAAAGCUAAGGUUGCCAACAGCAUCCUCGGCUACAACCAGUCUCUUACCAGUGAAGUGUUCAAACGUUACAACACCUCCUGGACCAGCCUGGCUGCCAUCGUCUCAGAGAUACGAACUAUCUGUCCUCUCCUAAACCUGGCCAGCCAGCUGCCAUCCACACCCUUCUAUGUUGUCACUGAGCCUCGAGGUGAACAUAGAGUUGCUGAUGUGAAUGCUGAUGUCGAUGCCAUCUUGGAGCGUUACAAUCCUAAAACUCCUGAACAACGACGGUACGUCUCGGCGAUACAACAGAUUUUCUACCGAUUCGUCUCGCUCGGAAAGUUUGAUCACCAUCCGUCCGACGCUUCCAACAACAAGAUCCUUCUGAUUGGUCAAGACGCUCUGCCGAAUCUUGGAUAUCCAAACUGCGACUUCUGGUUUGCAAAAGACAUUGUGCCUCGAUUUGCCCGAAUCGACUAGAUGAAAGGUUUCAAAAUAGCCUGAAUCGUUUGAAUAUUAAGUUGUAAAUACUUUUGCAAAUUGGAUGAAGAAAUUCAUUGUUUUGCUUAUUUGGGGAAUAAUUUGUUCUGAUAAGUUUUACUUUUGAAGAUAUUAAUGAAAGAAUUAAUGUGUUAUGUUUUUACAAUGUAUCAUUAAAAUCUACACCACAAUAUUGCUUGUACAGUAUAAAUUAUUUAUUGUUUUUUUAAACAUAUGAGGAUGUUGAGUAUUGUAUCAAUGGCAUUCAGGUUUUUCCAUUUUAAAACUUGGAAAUGAUUACAUUUUACAUGUAAAGAAAAAAAUUUUGUUUACCAGGGAAUUUUCUACGGAAAAGUGAGGUGUUGGUGUGAACUGACAAGAUUUAAGACCACGACCUUCACAUAGUAGCUCAAUUUGUUGCCCUUGAUAACAUUUUCAGGGUUUAAGAAAUUAAACCCUGAUAACAUUCUUGUAUGUUUCUAAAACAAACUAUACUUUUAUUAUGUAUAUAGGGUAUGUUGUGUAAUAACUUUAGAGGUAAUUAUUUAUUUUAGACGUAAGCGAUGACUGUUUAAUUUUUGUAUUAUAAUCACGCGUAAUCGUUUUCACCUUAUCCCUACUUCCUUUCACAAAAACGGGCCACCAAUAUUUACAUAACAUGUUAUUUAAGGAAUAUUCAUUCUUAGCAAUAUCAUUUUAGCAAGAGCUACAAUUUAUAUCCAAUGAACAGCUUUAAUGUUUGUAAAAUAUUGCUAACACUUUUUUUUAUUGGGCGUUAAUAUUUUGUGAAUGUUUGCUAAAUCCACAAUAAUAUGCUCAGUAGUAGCUUUAUGUAUAUAUGAUAUUGAUAAACGAAUUUAUGUCAUUUAAUUGAGUUCCUUCAUUGAUUUUACUGAAAGAUUCUUAACUAUUUUUUUAAGAAAAUUUCAAGAACGGUUAUACUUUUUUUGUUGACAACAUAGUGAUUUUUUGAACAAAAUUUCAAAUAACACUUUGUUAUUUAUUUCAACAUACAGUCUGGUUGUUUACACAUUGGUUGUAUGCAACCAUGACCAAGUAUGGUGUUUCCGUCAGUAUACCAAUUAUCUUCUAAUUCCUAACUUUUGGUUGUAGAUGUAUCAAAUCCUUAUGCAUGCUGAUUAUUUUUGUAUUUACAACUCUCUAACAAUUCAAUCAAUUCAAGUCAAUUUUAAGAUGAUGAAUAAACAUUCUAGUAAUGGGUGAAUUCCAACAGUUUGUUCAACUGAAUGUGAAUGAAUCUUGCAACGACUCAAAUGAAUCAUGAAUCAGUUUCUAAAGAGCUAAUUCGUAACAAAAGUCAUAUGAGCUUCAAAUACAUAACAGGUUAAAUUAUCAAGUAACUCUAAGUAAGGUUUCAUUACGAUAUUCACAAGUGUAAAUACUGGAACUGAUAGCUGUGAACAAAAGAAACUGAUCAUUGUAGCAACAAAUCUUGUUUUGGGUGAGAAACAAUUGUGGUAACUCCAAGCCUGUGUGUCCUCCACUUGGAUAACGGUUUCUAUAGUUACGAAUAGGGUUUCAGCAUAUAGAGUUUUCAAUUACAGAAGAAGUCCUUCUCGUAUGAGGAACCAAUUUUUUUAGAUCGGUGAUCCUACAGCUAGGUGUGUUCCAAAUCAACAGGUCAUGGCAUUACCACAUUGCUAAGAACUGUUGGUGUUAAGCGGGAUUUGGAUUUCACCCAAUGUCUUUUGAAAUGGUCCUGACUAAUGAAACAGCUGUUCUUAGUCGGUAAACUACACAUAUCAUCUCACUCUGUUCUAAACUCAUCCUUCACUCAUAUUUUGGUUAAAAUACCCACCUAGGUAACAUCAACAUCCCCAUAUCAAUAAUUGAUGAUGUAUGAUGUAGCACGCACACAUACAGCAACCAUUUGAAUGGCUACAGAGUCUUGUCAAUAUUUAAUUCUUUGAAUGUCGACCCACUGAGAUGAUUUAGUUUGCUCAUUGCUAUAAUGGUAAUAUUUCUCUUCAAUUGUUUAGUUCCUACAACACUAAUCUACGUAAUAUUUAUUCAGAAAGAUGAAGGCCAAAUUCUAAGUCGGUCAAAUGUGAUAAAGUAGUAAGGAAUUUUGCAUUUUUAUACAAAAAUAUUUAUAGAUCUCUAUAAAAUUAGCCACAGGACAUUUUAUAAGUCUAGAAUUAUUUUUAGAGUUAGUAAAUAAAUAAUAACGACUGCCUGAAUCAGGACUGAUCUCAAACAUAUUAAAUAAGUGCAAAUGUUUUCUAGGAUUUAAUGUUCCUUUUGUAAUAGUUAAAAACAAAAUUAUGUUUUUAAAAGUGAGUAUAGAUAGAGUAUGGAAAGUAAUAUUUCUCUAGUGUAUAACAUUUUCCAGAAAGAGGACAAAGUUUAAUAUAAAUAAAAAUCUUCAUGGAAUCUUUGAAUCAAAUUAAGGUAACUCUUAAGUGUAUAAGAAUGAGGAGGGAAUGCACAAAUAAAUACUAUACCUCACUCAAUACAAUUGAGCUUAUACUUUCCUUUUAUUAAUUAACACCUUUGUAUCCUCUAGAUUACCUUUUAGAUUUGUAUUGCAAUUUAAUUGUGUGCUGUAGAUUUAACAUUGAUGACCCAAAUUAUGAUACCAAUUUUUCUACAGUAGAACCCCCCAUACCGACCUUGGAAUAACCAACUCCUCAAGAUAUCCGAUCAUCUGGGCCAACGCCAAGCGCGAUCCGUUGACUGAAAGUGGAUGUUACCGGAAUCGCGGCAUACGAUUACCGAAGUCGCAGAGUACAAGUUACGCUCAAGGAUUUUGGGUCACGGGAGAAAAUGACUGAUGUCUUGGAAACUGCAGGUUAUGCUCCCCCCGAAAUCCGACUAUGGCUCGGUCCCGUCAUGGUCAGAUAUGAAGGGUUCACUGUAAUAAAAUCAAAACCGAUAUUGAAGUAUGAGAUAAUAAUAAUUGUUAGUUGAGAUGUAAAAUAUAAAUGGUUAAAUUAAUCUAGAAUUUGUUGGGGAAAAUUUUGUAAAGUAACACAGUGAAAUCCAACCCCAAGUCUUUCACAAACCAAAACUUUUUACUUAAAGUGUUACAGUAUAAUUUUUAUCAUGUCUAAUAGUUGACAGGUAAAUUUGUCCAUCAGUGUAGCUUUUGUAUUGUGCUUUUGUAAAGCCUGAUAUUUUUGUUAAGCCAGAAUGUUAUUUUCUAAAUAUUUAUAUACAUACAUUUCUUGUCUAUUGAUGUGUUUUGAUAAACAUUUUGAGUGUAAUUAUAUUGUACGUAGCAAUAAAAAUUUAACUGA